UGGUCCUGCUCUCCCGUCUCAUUUGGAAGGCGUUGACUUAGCAAUGAGUUAGUGUCAUCUUGUUCUGAAUAUACGAUCUUUGUAAACAACCGGCAGCCAUACGUAAGCUGUUGACAUAUGGAAGGAUACCACAGUCAGUGGUCGUCCACUGUCGUUCUCUGAUCCGUUCAGCUGUUUUAAAUAUGAGACACUCUAUUGUAACGCAUUAGCCAAAGAAAGCGCCAAAACAGGAAGACAUCGAUUAAACCGAUAUCAGGUGCCAGCCGCCGUUUACUUGCCUUGUCCCGUGUACGGCACUGUGACAGCGCACCUUCGCCGUCAGCUGUGUCUAUGAUAGUCUGACAGGAAUGUCCGCCGUACGAGACGCCUUCGUGAAAAAGAAGCACGUUCGAUUCGCCAGCAUGGAGGGCAACUACGACAAGGACGACCAGGAGGAGGACACCCUGUUUGACAAGAGGAAGGAUACCGGGCGAGGGCUAAAGAGUGCACUGAAAGCGGUCAAGAGGACGACGAAACCAGUAUGUGACAACCAGGUGGAGGUAGUCGGCGGAGGAAGACACAGACAUGGAACGUGCGGUCGCUGGAUGGUCACGCUCGCGCUCUGCGCAUCUUUCCUGGGCUUGGGUAUGUGUAUCUCAGUUCUUGGCCCCACGUUUGGUGACCUGGCUGAGAAUGUGAAGAAAAACAUCAGCAACAUCUCCUACAUCUUUGUGGGCCGCUCUGCGGGCUACAUCGGAGGAUCCCUAAUAGGUGGCAUUCUCUUUGACUGCGUGAAUCCUCAUCUCCUGCUAGGUUUUUCUAUGCUGGUGACAGCAUUUGGAAUGUGUGCUAUCCCUUUCUGUGGGCAGGCUCUGCUCCUCACUGGGUUCAUCUCUAGCAUUGGGAUUUCUAUGGGCAUUCUGGAUACAGGUGGCAAUGUGCUCAUCCUGAACACGUGGGGUGAGCAGGCGGGCCCGCACAUGCAGGCUCUGCACUUCAGCUUUGCAGCUGGGGCUUUUGUGUCUCCAAUCAUAGCCAAGCUGCUGUUUGGGUCUGACGGAAACAGCAGCACGGGAGCCCUACCAACCAACCCCACACCUCCCUCCACCACAGCACAAAUCACCAAAGUCACUGAUGAUCACACAGUGAUCCACUACAUCCAGAGCAGAAGCAGCACCCUCAAAUCCAUGUGGGCCUACAUUGUGAUCGGUUGUUUUGUCUUUCUCGUCUCCUUUCUCUUCUUCAUCCUCUACACCCGCGGCAGCACUUCACGGGACAAAGCUCGCACAUCGUCAGGAAAGCCCCUGGUGGCCAGAUAUCACGUGGCUCUUGUCAUCCUACUCUUCUUCUUCUACUUUGGCUACGUAGGUGCCGAGGUGGCAUACGGCUCCUUCAUCUUCACCUUCGCCAAGGACUAUGCCCACAUGCAGCAGUCCCAGGCAGCUGGGCUGAACUCUUUGUUCUGGGCAACAUUCGCUGCCUGUAGGGGGUUGGCCAUCUUUUUUGCGGCCUGUGUGUACCCAGGUACCAUGAUCCUGCUCAGCCUGGUGGGCUCCACUGUCUCCUCUUUGCUUCUCUGCCUUUUCAGCAGGGAGAAGGUGGCUUUGUGGGUUUGCACUGGUGUCUAUGGAGCAUCCAUGGCCACCACCUUCCCCAGUGGCAUCUCCUGGGUGGAGCAGUACACCACAGUGACGGGUCACACAGCAGCAGUCUUUGUGGUGGGGGCAGCACUGGGUGAGAUGGUGCUGCCCAUGGUUGUAGGCAUCCUGCUGGGGAAGUUCCAGGAUCACCCCGUGCUGAUGUACCUAUCGCUCAUCACCGCCACCUUCUGCUCCAUCCUUUUCCCAGUCAUGUACAAGCUAGCCUCUACCCCCAGCAGCCCGAGCAGAAAACCCCGUACCAGGGGCCGGGCAGAUGCUGACGACAGUGAAUACCGCCAGGCACUGCUGGACUCAGGAGCCAAUGAUGAAGAGGAGGAGGAGAUGGACAAUGAGGCUGAUCAGUGGAACGAUGCAGACUUUGAGGUCAUUGAGAUGGAUGACACAGCAAGUCUUGUUAAUUCACCCAGUAAGACAUCCUCUCCUCCUAAUGUCACCAGUCUAACAGGGAUCUCUGCUGCCUCUAACAGCCAGGUGACAGAGGCUGUGGGUGGAGCCUCACUGUCUGACACCACCUCUCUAGUAGCAGACUCUCUGCUGCUUUCUCUUGACAGGGAGAAGAGAGACUAACCACUCCUGCAACUCCUGAGUGCUACAGAUCUUUGACUGAACAUUAGAAGAGCCAUGCCUGCGAUCAUUUGUCAUUUGGACCCUGAAAACACCAUGUACAGCUCUGAAAAUGUAGUGUGCAGUGACUGGAACACUGGCUACCUGCGGCUUAUAUAGACAUCCAGUGUGUUAACUGAAAGGUUUGCAACUUGUAAAGCUUCUGGAACCCUGCUGGACACUUUUCAGAUGCACUACUACACUCCAGAUUGAUUGAAAUUGUGUAAAAUGUUACCGAUUCUCAUCAAGGAUUCUGUGUUGGCCCUCUUCCAUCCACAGUGAGGUCAAAGGUCAUGGUAGACUGAGGAAGAAAUCCUACAACUGGUAGGAAGUGCCUUGCUCAAGGACAUGUAGAACCAGUGAAUAAUUUGAUCCAGGGACACCUGCCCUCUUCAUCAUACUGCCCCCCUGCUGCCAAAAACUGUUUUAGAGAAGUUUAGUUUCAUUUUGCACGGCGCCAGUGAAUGGGCUAGCUGUGCAAGAUGUUGCACUUUUGUAAAGACCAGAUUUUCAGUAUGUGUUGUACUAUGUGUCAUAUGGUUCUCUCAAUCACGUUGUUUUGAAUUUUUAAACAAACUGGUCAUUGAAAGACAGCGUUUAAUACAUCAACUUUUUAUUAUAUCAACCUCAAACCUCCACCCAGAGCAAUGGUCAUUAAAAACAUUUUUUUUUUUUUUUUUUUUUUUUUUUUUUUUACACAUUUAUACAACUACACAGAUCCUGUGUAUGAUGGCUGUAUGGGAAACGUGAUGAGUGACAGUUUGUUUCUGCAAAGAAAAUUGGAAAUGUACACAGAACCAUAUCUGCACAAGUAAAUAAACUAUUCAUGACAAAUCAUCGAAGUACGGUAUUGCAACAGUCCCAGAUAUUUAAAAAAAACUUAAAGGGUUUCCAGUUCUAACACUGUAGUGCAGUGUGAUGUGUCUGCUCUGCCAAGAUGGACAGUAAUACAAUCAAAGU